AUGGCAUUCACAGAUGUGCCGCGCACACCCGAGCACUCGACUGGUGCAGAUGCCACGGCAUUGGCCACGGCAUCGACCUCAUCUGCUCCGCAAGACGUCGCUGCGGAAGCCGCCCCACCCUCCUCCACCGGCAACGGUGCGAACGUGGACGACGAGGACGGCUACGACGGUCAACUGCCCGACUUUUCCGACGACGAGGCCGCUUCGGCACCUGCGACGAAUGCUCCCAAGCUUUUGCAACCCAAGCCGAGGGGACCCCCGGGAGCUCGCAACAAGAAGUCCGGCUCGUUGGCCUCGUCCGCCGCCGCGCUCAAGAAGAAGCUCAGCCCGGGCAACAAGGCCACCAAGACGACCGCCUCGGCAGAACAGGCAUCCUUCUCGACCUCCAACACUGAAGGCAUCAAGAUGACCGACAACCAACUCGACGCCGUCAUGGCCAAGCUCGCGCUCGACCAGCCCGAACUCGCGGGCAAGCUGCAGCGCCUUGACGUGCAGGAACUCAUCCACCAGGCCGGCAUCAACGACAAGUUCCUCAAGGGGGAGAGUGGGCUCAUGGGCAAAGGCGUCAAGGACAUGGCGUAAGUAGUUUGUGUUUCUCCGCCGUGAGGGGAAAAGCUUACUGCCCAUUUGGCCGGGUUUCCAGACCCCACAAGUUCUGGUCCACCCAGCCCGUUCCAAGGCUCGACGAAUGUGAGUGGGAGUGACGAUGCGGAGAACGAGCAGUACCUCAUUUCAUUCGACUGUUCCGCACACAGCACUGCAGGAUGUCCGCGAAGGACCGCUCGAGCCCAAUACCCCGAUAGAACAGAUCCCUCGGGAGCCGAUCAAGCUCCACAAGGACUUUGUCUGGUCCAACGUUGAGCUCAAUGACUCGGCCCAGGUCAGCGGUUCAUUUCGCACCGGUUGCCAUCGUCUCGAGCCUGACACUAUCUUUCGUUGUCGGCUGUGCGCAGCUCAAAGAAGUCUACGAUCUAAUGACCAACAACUAUGUCGAGGACCCGGACGCAUCAUUCCGUUUCGACUAUUCUGCCGAAUUUUUCGAGUGGUAGGUAGACGGAGCCUGUGAUACAUGGGUAGGGUGGGUAGGGGUAUACGCUGACCUUGUGGGGCGUUCGUAAUGUCUGCAGGGCCCUGAAACCACCGGGGUACGUACCCGAUUGGCACGUGGGCAUCCGAGUCGCCGCGACGGGCAAACUCGUCGCUUUCAUCUCGGGUAUUCCUCUCGACCUGCGAUUCCGAAGCGUGUAAGUCCCUCGUAGAUCUUCCACAUGACGUGUUCUAGAUCACUGAAGCCGUUGCAUUACAUUCCCUCAGAACUAAGAGAUGCACCGAGAUCAACUUCCUCUGCGUGCACAAGAAGCUUCGCUCAAAGCGCUUGACUCCACUUCUGAUCCAAGAAGUGACGCGUCGCACCCACCUUCUCGGCAUCUUCCAAGCCAUCUACACAGCGGGAGCGUACCUCCCUACUCCCGUCUCACGCUGCCAAUACUACCAUCGCAACUUGAACCCACAAAAAUUGGUCAAGACGGGCUUCACCUCGAUCCCGAGGAACUCGACCAUGGCGCGUUUGAUCAGCAAUUAUCGCGUCCCGACCGAGACCAAAUUGGUCGGAUUGAGGGAGAUGGAGAAGAAGGAUUUGAAGCAGGUCGCGAGGUUGAUCCGGGCUUAUAAUGCUCGAUUUGAUAUCGCGCCUGCGAUGGCGAACAAGGAGGUUGAGCAUAUGCUCCUUGCCGGGAGGGGAAAGGAUGUCGAUGGCAAGAGAGUCGGUCAGAUCGUUUGGACCUACGUUGUCGAGGUAAGAUCUUUUCUGUGUGCACCGUCACCAAGUGCUCAAUGUUGCUGACCAGAUCAACCUCCCCCUUCCAGGAACCGGGGACGGGCAAGAUCACCGACGUCUUCUCCUUCUACUCGCUCCCCUCAACAGCGACCAAAAUGACGACCCGAACUCUCGUCAAUGCUGCUUACCUGUUCUACUACGCCACCACUGCUUGCCCGUCCUGUGCCGAUUUGGGCGAUGGGUCAACGGCGACGGCGGUGACGAAUUGGAAGGACGAGACUAAGGAGGAGAGGGAGACGUUGCAGAAGCGAUUGAUCGAGUUGGUUUCGGAUUGCUUGAUCUUGACUUCCAAGGUGCGUGGACUCGUGGGAUGAUGGAUUUGGUGACCGUGGCUGAUGCAUGAAUCAGUUCCCCCGGAUUCAGCUCGGUUUCGAUGUACUCAACGCUCUGACACUGCAAGACAACGCUUUGUUCUUGGAGGAUCUCAAAGUGAGUAAGAAUGAUAGGUGGUCGCCGAUCGUGAUCAAUCGCUCAUAUGAUUCCUGUCAUGUCUACAGUUCGGCAAGGGAGAGUACGUGACGAGCACAGAUCCUUCGAACAAGAUCUACGACCAAGGCGAAUGCUGACCCUUUUCUUCUUUUGCACUUCCUCGUCGCAGUGGUUUCUUGCACUACUACCUUUAGUAAGCUCUUCUGAUUGGCUCCCAACUUAUUAGCGAGAAUCUUUCACUAACCGCUCCUCAUUUCUCCACCUACCACCUACCAGCAACUACGCAACCAAACCCAUCCUCGGCGGGAUUGAUGCCACCGAUGGGGGAUCCGGCGUCGGCGUCAUUAUGUUGUAG